AUGUUUCAACGUGACAAGAAUUCCUCCUUGUUCCUCGGUGGUGAACGUACAACCGGUCAAGACGUGCGAUCCAGCAAUGUACUUGCUGCCGCAUCGAUCGCCAACAUUGUAAAGAGCUCUUUGGGUCCUGUGGGUCUUGACAAGAUGCUUGUCGACGAGAUUGGUGAUGUGACCAUCAGCAACGAUGGCGCGACGAUUCUUCAACUCUUGGAAGUGGAACAUCCUGCUGGCAAGGUGCUUGUCGAGUUGGCUCAACAACAGGACCGUGAAGUUGGCGAUGGUACGACAUCCGUGGUGGUUAUUGCAGCCGAGCUUUUGAAGCGAGCCAAUGAGUUGGUCAAGAACAAGAUUCAUCCUACUACUAUCAUCACUGGUUAUCGCUUGGCAUCCAAGGUGGCAUGCAAGUUUAUCGCUGAUCAAAUGGCCGUCAAGGUCGAUAGCUUGGGCAAAGAAUGCCUUGUCAAUGCUGCAAAGACAUCCAUGAGCAGUAAGAUCAUUGGCUCUGAUUCUGAUUUCUUUGCCAAUCUCGCUGUUGAAGCCAUGUUGGCUGUGAAGGGUACCAAUGUACGCGGUGAGACCAAAUACCCCGUCAAGGCUGUCAACAUUUUGAAGGCCCAUGGCAAGUCUGGUCGUGAAUCUAUGUUUGUCCGUGGUUACGCUCUCAACUGCACUGUUGCCUCCCAAGCCAUGAAGACCCGUAUUCAAAAUGCAAAGAUUGCUUGUUUGGACAUGAACUUGCAAAAGGCUCGUAUGCACCUUGGUGUCAACAUUGUCGUCGACGAUCCCGACAAGCUUGAGGAUAUCCGUAAACGUGAAAUCGAGAUCACCACUGAGCGCAUCCAAAAGAUUCUUGCCACUGGUGCCAAUGUCAUUCUCACCACCAAGGGUAUUGAUGAUUUGUGCUUGAAGCUCUUUGUUGAAGCUGGUGCUAUGGCUGUUCGUCGUUGCAAGAAGGAAGAUUUGAAGCGUAUUGCAAAGGCCACUGGAGCCACUUUCAUUUCGACUCUUGCCAACUUGGAAGGUGAAGAAACCUUUGAAGCAUCCUACCUUGGUCAGGCUGAUGAAGUUGUCCAGGAACGUAUCUCGGAUGAUGAAUGUAUUCUUGUCAAGGGCACCAAGGUUCAAAACUCAUCCUCCAUCAUUUUGCGUGGUGCCAAUGAUUACAUGUUGGAUGAGAUGGAGCGUGCCUUGCAUGAUUCGUUGUGCGUUGUGAAGCGGACAUUGGAGAGCAACAGUGUCGUCCCUGGUGGUGGUGCUGUCGAAUCAGCUCUCAGCAUAUACCUCGAGAACUUUGCUACCAGUGUUGGAUCCCGUGAACAAUUGGCUAUUGCCGAAUACGCUAGUGCUCUUUUGACUAUUCCCAAGACUUUGGCUGUCAAUGCCGCCAAGGACUCUACCGAAUUGGUCUCCAAGUUGCGUGCGUACCAUAAUGCCGCACUUAACGAAGGCGCUGAUGAGCGAAAGCGCGCAUUAAAGUACUAUGGUUUGGAAUUGAUCAAUGGUAGUAUCCGUGACAACUUGAAUGCCGGUGUUCUGGAACCAGCUAUUUCCAAGAUCAAGUCUCUCAAGAGUGCAACCGAGGCUGCUAUUGCAAUUCUUAGAAUUGACGAUAUGAUCAAAGUUGCACCUGAGCCCAAGCCCGACGAUGGUCAUGGUCAUUAG